AUGGAGGGCAAACCGGAUGAGUUGAAGUAAGGGAAUGACAAUAGUAGAAAUGUGCGGUAGUCUGUAAUUUUCAGAAAAAUGGUCUCGAGCAUGUUGGGAGAUGGACUUUUGAGUCAGCUCGUUGUGAACCCGCUCGGAGUUGCCGAGAAUAUGGGCGUGCCUCUUCAUGACUUGGGCAUUAACAAAACGGCUUUGGACAAGACUAUCAAUCUUGCAAAUGGUCUGAACACGAGUGACGCUACUGCCGGAGCAGCUUUCACUUUCCUGAAUGCUUUGUAAGUUUUUUUCACGAAUCUUUUUACGCUUAGUGCAAUAUGACUCGUUUUCAGCACCAGCGCCCCUUCAACCUCAACGACUGCCAGGAAAAUGUUUAUUGACGGUGUUGAGGUCAAGGACUGGGAUAGAUACGCCAGAAAGUACCAUUUGGAGAACUUGGGCUACACCACCAUCGCUCCACCAACUACUACAACUCAAUUGAGCCCGGAGAACAUUGCGGAUGUUGUGUUGCAGAGGUUGAAACAGCGGGAUGGACCGGUUAUGCCCGAAGGACCGAGAUCGAACCCGGAUAUUGCAAACUCUUUAGACAUGAACCUCAUUGAUCCUAGAAGAGUGGCUGAAGUGAAUAAUUUGUUGAGAAGAGCCCCGCAGAGAUUCGAAAGUUCGGAACCUCUCAGAAACUCGUUGACUGGAGCUGUAGGCGGAGGAGCCAUGGACUUUGGACCACCAGGAUUCGUUCAAUCUCUGGAUCCUGCUAUUGAUGAGGUGGUCACUAAUCUCCGUACUAAAGGAGCCUAUGGACUCAAUGUUGAUGUGAGCUUCCCUAAACUGUCUUGCAUUAUAAAAUUCAAUGUGGAUCUUUCAGGAUGUGAAACGUCUUCAAAACAUUCUUCAAACCUAUGAACAAACUCUUCAAACCAAAGAGUUGCUUUCUAGACGAAAACAGCUGGAAGUGCUCCAGACAGAGCUUACAGAGCAGAGAAAGCGAAUUGAAGUGCAGAAAAUCAUGGAGGAAGAGUUGCGAAAGAAGGUAGGCGGGCUUUUGCUUUAGAGGUUUCUAAUUUGACUGAUUAGGAACGAGAACUAGAAGACGCCAAGCAGAAGAUGGAACAGCAACUCAGAGAGCAGUUAAGCAGCUGGCAUAGCUCUUUCGGACCAAGCCAACCUGUAAGUACUCGGACGCGUGGCAGGAAUACGGAUAUUUAUUGCAGAGAGCACCAGUUCCACUUCCAGCAGAAUUGCAGUUGGAGAACUUGGUAAGAAUCUUUGGGGCCGAGCAUAUCUCUCACUCUCUAUCUCUUUUCAGGGUGCUCCACCAGCUCCACCAGCCAUUCCAACCACUGAAUUCCCAACUACAGCCGAGCCUCCAUCAUUCCAAGUGGCUUCUGCUUCUUCUUCUUCUUCAUCAUCAUCUCACGAACGUAAACUUGCCGAGGAGCGAGAAGAUAUUAUGGAACAACAAAUGAUGCCAGUGCCGCCUCCAACCAAGAUCAGCAGCGCCCUCCGCAAACAUAUCCGUUACUCGCCUACUCCAGUGGUUACUGACCCGACCCCAGUCAUCCCACCGAGCACUUCAGUUGAUAGAGAAGAGUUCGUCCAGUUCGGACCUUCAGGCUCUUAAAAAAACUUUAUUUUAGCGAUGAGUUUGUGUCCAAAUGCAACUGCGAAAAGAUUUCUCUGGACAAAAUGAACGGAAAGUGGUUAAUGGCAUUGGCCUCUCCAAAUGUUGUCGAUAUGGUCCAGCAGAAGGCCAACGAGCUGUUGGACAAAUCGGAACCUCUUACCUGCUCUAGAUUCGACGUUUCUGCCGGAAAACAAUCAGUUGCCGCUCAAGAUGCCCGACUUAUCUGGCAGUUUAGAAAUCAAGGAGCCCCGAAACUGUUCCGCCUGCGUGGAAGUGCUCUGACCAUGGACCACGAGUCGGUCAGAGUUCAAAUGGCUGACUUCCAAGGCGAGAAUUUCAGCUUCCCAUGUAAGAAAACUACAUUCAAGAGUUAUUCUUCAUUGUUCAAUUUCAGUCUGCGUGAUCCGAUCCGGUGGCGAAUCGUCUGUUUAUGAGCACAUGUUGGUCACAAACAGCCAAGGAGACUGCAAAGACGUGGCACUUCUUGUCCGUGAUCCGCAGGAGUUCUUUGAUAAUCCGGAUAAGCAACUGCAAAAAUACUUGAAAUCGGUACGUUCUUCGAAACAUCUGAGGCGUAUGUAUGUUUUUUUUCAGAGAAUCUCCAAGAAAGAAAUGAACGCCUUGAAUGUGGUCAACUUUGGAGACUGCUGA